GUGCUUUAGAAGAUAUGAGGAAUAAUAAACAUAUCUAAACGCUGUCGGUACGGUUUGCCACACCAGGAUUAGAACUCACAACUGACCCAGGUCAAAGAAUUGCUACUAUAGUCGAUCCCAUCUUCUUUGCGUGGCUAAAUAAAAUGAUGAGGGGUGCACAAGGACGUGAUCUUGGACUAGCCACGAUCGGAAACCAACUUCCAAGCGAGGCCGGUUUUCAUCCGGUUGGUUGUGUAUCGUGGAAGGUACGUACUCCUAAUUAGCAGGGCAAGAAGAGGGACUCGGACUUCUUUUUAGAGGAGGACUCCAGAGUACAUGCUACAUAUACACAGGCACCUAGACAUACAUAACGUACCAACCUACUCGUCGGAGAGCUUGUUGGAUCUCUCGUCGUCUCUCGGUCAAUGGGUGCCACCGCCAGCCAUCCGUCGCCGAGGGACGAAAUGCCGCUCCACGUGAGGAUCUCCGACUACUCCAACUUGGUGCGGGUGCCUCUGCUUCACCGGGAGACUGUCCGCACAUUCUCCUUCGGUGGCAUCUUGUGGAUAAUCACAGUGGAACCGAAGCAAUUUAACGAGGGUCUAGCAGAUCGCAUCCAUGUCUGGGUCGACCUCCACUCCCGGUUCAGGAGGGAGCUGGAGGCAUCGUCCUGUGUCCGCGACGACACCUUCACCCUCAGGUGCACUCUGACGAAGCAGCAGGCAACUUGGUGGCGCGUCUUCUCCAAACCUAACGAGCCCGCGUCCUUGGAGCCGCAGGUCGCCAUGGCCGGAUCCAACAUGCUCACCAUCGGCAGCUUCUACAAGCUCAAGGCCACGCUCCGGGGCGGGGAGUGCACCUACUCCACGCACUUCGCCGUGGGAGGGUGCAGAUGGUACUUCCAAUUCAGCCCCACUGGGGUAAUUAGCCUCGUCCGCGCGAGUAAGGGCACGGCGCCGACAACAGCGGAGUUCAGUUUUGAGCUCGAGGGGGUGGUCAAUUUGGAGUCUGAAAAGAUGACUCACACGUUCAACCAUGCCAACUCUAGAUACUUUUAUAGAUGCAGGCUGGAGCCAAGCACGUCGGCCAUGGAUGACCACCUCAUUGUUCGGUGCCGCCUCACCAUUAUAAUGGUGGAGAGGCUAAGCUUACCCCAUGCCACUAUUGCGGUUGAGAAGAUUCCACGAAAAAUAAUGGUGGAGAAGCCGAGCUUGCCCGUGGACAAGAUUCCUCAAAAAAUAACGGUGGAGAAGCCGAGCUUGCCCCCUGCCGCGAUUCGGAUCACCGCCACCCCGCACACCGAAUCAGUACAAACUCCUCUAUUGAGCGCCAUGUAUGACUGAGACAAGAGAUCUGCUUGGAUUACAAAGCCAAUGCAAAACUAGUUCAUCAAUAGGUGCAAGCAAUAAUUUUUGUUUUUGUUUCAAAUUUGAAGGAACUGCCAUUGUGUUCAUACUAGGUUUUCACAUUAUUAUUAACUAGUAGAAUGCCCGUGCGUUGCCAUAGGCUUUUGAAAUAUUUUACUAGAGUUAUGUAAACAUAAUGCAUGUUAAAUUUUACAUGUAGAAAAAAAAUAUAAUGUGGACACAAUCGGGUA